GCCCUUUCAUCAGAACAGGUGACUCUUCCAAAAUCAAAGACUGAUAUGGAUGUCCAAGCUACAGCAAGGAACCAAGACCUCGACAACCUCAGCAAAGUGAAUCCAAGUUCUUCCACAAGUGACAAGGAACAAAAACACCUUCAGGAUCUUACUGAAAUAAAUACUGCUGAUCAGAAAAACAAGAGAGAUGAGGACCUUGGUGAUAACACUGAAGUAAAGUCUGCUGAUGACCAAAGUAAAAAGCGGAUAACUGAGAAAUCAUAUGAGAAUCCUCCAAGGGCUCCGAAUAAUCUCCCAGAAACAAACUACUCCAGUGACAGUGAAAGAAAGACCAGCAAAUCAUCAUAUGGUGCCUAUGAAGAAAAUAUAACUGGAAAUACUAUUAAAACUGUUUACUCCACUUCUGAUCGGAGUAUAAUUGGAAAAGAUAUAUGUACAUACUGCAGGAAGCCCUUGGGCAUAGAUGCCAAAAUGAUCUUAGAUGCCUUGCAAAUUUGCUGUCAUUCGACUUGCUUCAAGUGUGAAGUAUGUAAGAGACCCCUGGAAGAUUUAAAAGCAGGAGACAGCAUUUGGAUUUACAGACAAACUGUGCAUUGUGAGCCUUGCUAUUCCAAAGUUAAAGAAAAAUGGAUCUACUAAUUCUGACAUACAGAAAGCAUGACAAAGAAGUUCCACUAUUGUUUAAUUAAGUGUAUUGGCCUGUUAAUUCAAAGCACUGUGGAAAAUAAUUCAUUUGUAUUGUGAGGAACAAAUUUCCUAAAUGAAGUCCUACUGCAUGGUUACCAAAGGAAUUAAUUUAUUGGGAAUUUAGAUGCCCUUUCAUACCUACAUUGCAGGAAGCAAACCAAGAUCUUCAUCAGUAUAUUCAUCAGAUCUGUGAAACUGCUAAAGUCUAUGUAAAACCAAUGAUAAUUUAUUGAAAUUUUCUGAAUGUCAGAACAUACGUACACACUUGUUAUGAAGGGGUUGUAUUCUCUUUUGUGAAAAUGCAUCUCCAAUAUAAAGAUCUUUUAGCUUAAUAUAGCAUGAAUGGGAUUCAUCUCAUCAAAGAUUAGCCAUUUAGAGGUCAACUAUUUGGUUUAAACUACUGUUUUCAUACAGAGGGAAGGGUGUUCAUGCUGUGCCUUUGAGGAGAGACACCGUUCUCCAGAGGAAGGUUCUUCCCAAGUAACUUAAAUGGUAAUUUUGAGACAGAACAAAUCAUCUUUGGCAAAUGCAUCUCUAUUACUGCUGAAGGAUUCUAGACAAAAAUAGUUAGAGGGGUUUAAGUAGAAGUAUUCCACUCCAUGUUUAUAAUUCUGGUAACUAUUGUAUUACCAUUUUUUUAAGAGGUGCACACUUAAUAGUUGCCAUGAAAUAAUGAAAUACAUACUUUGCAUGAUAUUAUGUUGUUGUAUUUAUCUUUCCUACUUUAUUAAACUACCUAAACAACUUGAAUGGAUUUAUCUUGCCUAAAUUUAUAUACAGUGUAGACAUCUAUUUCUCAGUUACUUGAUCUAUUCUGUCUUACAUAGAGAAGCAAACAUUUUCAGGAAGCAAUUCAAUUGGUCAGAUUACAAAUGUCUAUUUUACUGUGGUGUUAACCAUGAUUUGAAUAUAUGUCUUACUUUCCAUGGUUUGCAAAGAACCUGGAAUGAACAGUUCAGAUUUCUAGAUAUCUACAUUAGGCCAGAUAAACUCCUUUCACUACAGUGAAAGCAUUUUUUUUCCUUUUGGACAGUGUAUGUGUAUAAAAGUAUAGAAAUUGAAAGAAGAAUUUAUGCUUUGUUAUAAUAUGUUGACUAAAAUAAUCAAUAGUUGAGUAGUUUACUGGACAUACAAGGUGUUGACUACUAGUGUUUGCCACGAGGUGUUUUAGAUUAUGGUUAUUCAGAACAGUUUUUUUCUUCCUUACACCUCAGCUUAAAAGGACUUCUUGUAUAUGGCCAUGACAGAGUUAAAGGGUUUGGAGGCUGCUGGACCUGAGCAAGAGCUCAGAAGCAUGAGAAGUGUCAAAGCCAUAGAUAAAUAUUAGACUGGUGAAUAGCUGUCCCAGUCAAACUCUCUCACCUUGACUGCACAUUUCAUAGUGGAGACAGGAGGCAUGGAUGGAUGUCUGUGUAAUUUAAACCAUUGGGCCUGCAGUUGAAUAACGAUGUAAUCUGUCUUGUCUGGCUUAAAGGAUCUUCAGACUGACAUGCA